GGAACUGUCACACGAAGUUUUAUGGCAGCACUGCGCCUCCACCAUCUUAAAAAACCUGGCUUCCUUCAAUACGUGAAAAAUUGAGCAAAAUCUAGUGUUAAAAGUGUAGUUAAUAGGGUAAAAUCGGUGAUAUUGGAGACUGAUUGCUGUCGGGAGGUGUUUAAUACAGUCGGCGCUCCGUCAGACUUAUGUCUAUCGCCGAUACAGCACCGCAAAAUUGAAGAUGACAUUGCCCAGCACAGCACGAGUCUAUGCGGAUGUGAAUUCUCAUAAACCGCGUGAAUAUUGGGACUAUGAGAACUAUGGAGUGGACUGGGCGAAUCAGGAUGAUUACCAAUUAGUGCGGAAGCUGGGCAGGGGUAAAUACAGUGAAGUAUUUGAAGCAUAUAAUGUGACCAACAACGAAAAAUGCGUGGUGAAGAUCCUGAAGCCAGUGAAGAAGAAGAAAAUUAAAAGGGAGAUCAAGAUAUUGGAGAAUCUGCGCGGGGGCACCAAUAUAAUAACGCUGCUGGCGGUGGUGAAGGACCCCGUGUCGCGGACGCCGGCGCUCAUCUUCGAGCACGUGAACAAUACAGAUUUCAAGCAGCUGUACCAGACCCUCACGGACUACGACAUCCGCUUCUACCUGUACGAGCUGCUGAAGGCGCUGGACUACUGCCACAGCAUGGGCAUCAUGCACCGCGACGUGAAGCCCCACAAUGUGAUGAUCGACCACGAGAACAGGAAGCUGCGCCUGAUCGACUGGGGCCUGGCGGAGUUCUACCACCCGGGCCAGGAGUACAACGUGCGCGUGGCCAGUCGCUACUUCAAGGGGCCCGAGCUCCUCGUGGACUACCAAAUGUACGACUACUCGCUGGACAUGUGGUCGCUGGGCUGCAUGCUGGCCUCCAUGAUAUUCCGGAAAGAGCCCUUCUUCCACGGCCACGACAACUACGACCAGCUCGUGCGCAUCGCCAAGGUCCUCGGCACGGAGGAGUUGUACGCCUAUCUGGACAAGUACAACAUCGAGCUGGAUCCGCGCUUCAAUGACAUCCUGUCGCGGCACUCGCGCAAGCGAUGGGAGCGCUUCGUUCACUCGGACAAUCAGCACCUCGUGUCACCGGAGGCGCUCGAUUUCUUGGACAAGUUGCUCCGCUACGACCACUACGACCGCCUCACGGCGCGCGCCGCCAUGGAACAUGCCUACUUUUUGCCCAUCAUCAACGGCCAGAUGCCGCCGUCCAAGGGAAGCAAUCAAUAAUCCAUCAUCACUGUCAGCAACGCCAACUUCUCCAGCAACAACAGCACCAUCAGCAUCGCGACACGGACCAACGACACCACCAAGCAGACCCACAGUUGAUGACCCCACACAUUCACCGGCUAUUUCAGGAGCGUCGGAGCGCCGCAGGAGCCCCUCGUGGUCCCCAUGGAGAACCACAAACACACACAGACACACAGAAGGAAGAUUUGCAGCUUGGGGACAGUCACUAAAGCUCCUGGACGAUCAUCCGCGUCCAGGUUCCAGGCUCCAGACUCCGGCGAUUCACCUGCAAAACAACAGAGACCACAUAAUUUUGCUUCAAUCAAUACAACACGGUUUGUUUCCAUUAAAUUCGCAAGUCUGCAAUUUACAGAAUGGCUAGAGACUAUCAAAUGGCUGAUGCGUGCUGGGCCCACCCAAAAUAGUCCCGGGAAUUCAUACCAACUUUGCUUCUUUCCGUUGAUUCACAUGUUUUAAACGUAAAAUUUGUCAUUUUUCAAGCUUCCUAUCACGCGCGCAAUGAAAGGGGGAAAUUUGUGAGAGGGCUAAAAAACACCAUAUUUGUCGAUACAGAACUGAAAGCGCGUACGUAAUAAGUACACACAAUGGUAAAAGAAUAAAUUCAAAAGAAUAAUGCUUUAUAUUAUCACAAAAAUAUUUCGAAUAGAUGUUGAGAGAGAGAGAGAGAAAGAGGCGAAAUAGCUCUACCACCCACACUAAUGUUUCACUAUUUCUUCAUCCAUUUUAUUCCCCAGAGGAGAAAAAAAAUUAGCGACAAAUUGAUAUAUCGAGAAACAUAACAACAUAUAAGAUUAUAUUGUAGUAGAGAAAAAGUGUGAAGGAUGAGGGGAAAAAAAGAAGAAGGAAAAAACAUUGAAGCCAGACAAGAACCGAUCAAGGGAAAAAAGCUUUUUCUCUGGCGGUGAAAUUUGAAUGAGAGAAAAAAAAAGAUUUUAAGCAAGUUUCGAUGAAAACAGUCAUUAUAUUUGUGAGUUAUUUUUAAUGGAUAAAAAAAAGGAAAUGAGAGAGAGAGAGGAAUCAAUGUGUAAUACUAAAGAAAAGAAAAAAUCAAUGGCUAAAAAAAACCUUUAAAUUGGAAUAGGAAUUUUGUGAAACACAGCACACAAUAAAGGACUUUAAAAGUGGUGAAGAAAAAAAAAGAAGAUUAUUGCAUUGUAAAGGAAGAAUGAGAGAAAAAUCCAGCUCUAGUGCUUUUUCUGUUGUUAUAGACACUGGAAGUUAAGAAGAAAAAAAGGGGAGGAAAUGACGUGAAGUGAAAGAAAAACGUGCUAGAUUAAUUGCAUUUAAAGUGGACAAUAUUUUCUACACCAAUAUUCAGAGGACAUUGAAAAAUUAUUGGAUGAGAAUGAAUAUGUGGGAGAUUUUUCUGCGAUUAAAUGCUAAAACCACAUUUACACAUCAACCUUUGCUUUGACACACUGAUGAUGAUGAUGAUGAUGAUGAUGAUGAUGACGGGCGGGCGAAGAGGGUGGAAAAGAGGAAUGUUUUCAUUUGUAGUCAAAAAAGAAAUUUAAUAUACAAAGUUAAUUAAUUUGUCUCCCCCCAAUUGUUUAUUAUUAUGCCUUCGACGAUCGACUUUUGUUGCAAUAAAGUGCUUACAUUUUUAGGCCAAGGAAGAGAGUUUGCAAAUAAAUAUCGUAUCGAGGGAAAAAUCUACACGAGUAAAAGAAAAAAACUAUUAUAAUAUUUUAAUUGAUAGAAUUGAUGAAAAAACUCCUGCUGUUUUUAGAAAAAAGAGUGACGAUUUUAUGAGCGAAAAAUCCUGUAUAAAUAAAAUGUUUCUUUCUUUUGUAAUAAUUCCCUAAUUUGAACUAAAAAAAAAAUUGGGAUUAUUGCUAAAAAAAACAGAGCAACAAGUAGAAAAAAAGGUAACAAAUUUUGCAUGCAUUAAAAACAAGGAAGAGAAUUUUUUUUUGUCAUUAAGUGAAAAGUCAUUCGUGAAUUUUUACCAUAGAAUUUUCAAAGGAAGUGAAUUGAGGAAUCGUAAUAUUUUAGAAAUAUAAAAUGGAAAUAGACAAAAAUUAUAUAUAUGAAAAAAAACUCUUCUUUUGAUCAUUAUCGAAGAAAGAAAAAUGAAUUGAGAAAAAAAGGAAAAAAUUGGGGGUCGAUAGUAAUCAAAAGGUAAUUGAAAAUAAAACAAGAGAGAAAAAAGAAGUAACAAGAUCUACUUGAAAUCUAUGUUAAUUUUUUACACAAUAUAUAAAUAUAUACAUAUAUAAAUUAAAAAUAUAAAUAGGAUACGUAGGUAACAAAUAAAUAAUAUAUUACUAAAGAAGGAGAAAGAAAAAUUGAGGCAAAAAAAGAAAUCCAAUGCUAGAAAAAAAUCCACUGAUUUGAUGAAGAAGAAGAAAAAAAACCAACAACAAUUUUUACAAAACAUGGAUUUUCCUUUUUCUCUUUUUCUGAAAGUGGUUGAAGAACAUUUUAAAAGCACGGAGAAGAACAUUUUACUUAGGCAAAAAAAAAGAAAGAAAGAAUAAAACAAUAUAUAGAACAAGAAAAUACAACAAAUCUUAAUGCAAACAAUAACAAAAGAAAAUGUGUAAGCAAAACAGUUUGUAAAAUGAUUUUUGCUAAAUUAUAUUAUUUAAAAGAAGAAGAAGAAGAAAAAACGCGGGAGGAGAAAAGGAAAAAGAGGAUGCAAGAAAAGUGAAAGAUGAAAAAAUUAAAUUAAUAAUUACUAUUAAUGAUGGCAAGUAUAAUAUAAAAGUAAUAGAACUUCUUAUAUACAUAUUUAAAAAAAAAUGAUGAAAAAAGAAAUUAAAUGAUGAAAAAAGAGAUGAAAAUGAAAGUAAAUAAUAAAGUUACGGUUUUGUUAACCGUUGCAUUUUCUUAUAAUUUGUAAACUACUGUAUUGGAAGUAUAUGAAGAAUAAUAAAGAUAAAAAAUUCUAUUCUUGUGCUCUUCGCGCGCGUCGCAUUCAA